AGAAGCAGAAGCUGUCACAUUGACAAACAUGGCGGCGUCCGCGAGUUCCACAGAAGCUGCCCUCGCCGAUUCUAAAAGUUCUAUUUCAGCUGGCCAUAGCGUGGGAAACGCACCGAUUCAGUACAGUAUGAUUCUGGAUCAUCUUAUUGGGGACAAGAGGACGGUGAAGGACAUGAACCCCGGCAUCAUGGGGGGACUGCCGGUACCUUCUAAAAGUGAAGAGCAGAAGAGGAUAGAGAGGGCAAUGGAGAGCUGUGCGUUUAAAUCUCUCUUGGCCUGCGUAGGAGGGUUUGUCCUCGGUGGAGCGUUUGGCGUUUUCACAGCAGGCAUCGACACCAAUGUUGGUUUUGAUCCCAAAGACCCUACGAGAACGCCGACCGCUCGAGAGGUCCUCAGAGACAUGGGCCAACGGGGCAUGUCCUACGCUAAGAAUUUUGCUAUCGUGGGUGCCAUGUUCUCCUGUACGGAGUGCAUCAUCGAAUCGCACAGAGGAAAGUCUGACUGGAAGAAUGCAGUGUACAGUGGCUGUAUAACUGGAGGAGCAAUUGGCUUCCGUGCUGGUCUUAAGGCUGGUGUCCUAGGAUGUGGAGGCUUUGCUGCUUUUUCUGCUGCCAUUGAGUAUUACCUGCGAUGAACCAUGAAAGACAGUGUAGUGCGAGUUCGUCUCUUUGGACGUCUGGAAGAGCUAUUGAAGUUCAACUAUGACCAAUGCGAUGAAAGAAGUCCACCAACUUUUUGGCCUGAAAGUGGAGAACUGCUGUAGAAGCAGAUGAGAUGAUUUGCAACAUUUCCAAAGUUGGUGUAAAUGGACAAUAGUGUUAAAGGGGGAAUUAAGCCUUGUUUUUUAUUGUUUAGCAGAGUUUUCCUGUGGCAAUAGUAAGAAGGAUCUGAAAAACACUGUGCACCCCUCAUACUUCUUUUCAUUGAGCUUUGCUGUUUAUAAAAAAGUAACUGUUUUAUUUUGUUGCUGUGUGCAAAACAUUCUCAAUCAGUGUAAAUAAGAAAUUGUCAGUGUCCUUUUUAAAUUGUCCUGUAUUAUGAAACUUGUCAUAAACAUUAUAUUCAUGUGUUGUUAAAUUAAAUGAUUGCCUUUUUUUUCUCCGAUCAAUUUGACAUUGUCCUCCAACUAUUCCAACAAUAUAAUGUUACUAUGUCAGGUAGCUUUAUUUAAUAUAUAGAAAAUGUGAGCCAGUACCAAAAUCUUAAGUAAUACUUCACGUUUUGGCAUGCAUGUUUAAGUACCCAAUGAUUAUGCUGUCCAAUCAGCAUCUUAAUAUGCCGUACCUGUGGAUGACCGUUAAAUUGAUCUGCCAGCUGGACCUUGACAAGUACGUCUCUGGAAACUCCUCUCUGCUGUAGCGGGGCAGCUUGGCCUUUCCUCCUGGCUAUGACGUCUCCUUAGUCCUAGGUGGCGACGGUGCAGUGUUGGAGGAGAUGGUCUACAUUGCAUUCUUCUCAUGGUGAUC